UUGAGAGAGCUAAUGCUUUCGAAUCCUUCACGGAGGCUCUCAAUGAGAUGAACCCGGGGUCGCCCAAGACGGUGCUGCAAGUGAGGAAGAAAAUGGACAACUUGGUUUCCAGAGUGAAAAAGCUCAUCGAAGAGCACAGGGAAGUCGGCUACGUCAAGAACAAAAUCCCGGUCUAUCUCAUCAACCUCGCCAACGAGUUCAUACUAUGGAACCCUCCAGGGGAAGAGGUGCCCAACGUCACCGGCGGCGGCCACAUAGUCUCCACGGGCGUCCAUGACGAUUUCGCCAGUACGGCUUCCUCGAACGCUGGCUUCUCUCACGCCCUGCAUGCUUCGGCUGGACCGAUACAAACAAGAGAAGGAAUGCUCCACAAGCGAAAGCUGGAGUUGGAGUGUGAACUGUUGCUAGAACAGAUAAAGAAAAUGAAGGCCGAGAAUGAGUUCACUGAGGCGAGAUUUGGCGGUGUUGGCGUGCUGUGA